AUGUCGUCUCCACCGGUCUCCGAAGGUUAUCCCACCACGGCAUCUCACGACCGUCCUGACCGAGAAGACCUUGACGAAGAUCACAAAUAUAAACGUCGGAGGCUGGAAGAGCAACCGGCUCCUUCUCGAAACAUGGCUGACUCUUCUCGUCCUCCCAACAUUGCUGGACCACCUCCAAAUCUACACUACGCUCCAUUUUAUGGCCAUCCCAACGACGCUUUCUCCUUCUUGCCGCCGCCCUCGCCGAUGACUUCGGGUGCUCUCUGGGAGGAAGAUGCGGCACUGCAAUACCUCGCCUCCGGGAGCGGGUUUGCCCAAGACUUGCGAGGCCUUGUCCCGGCAUUCACACUACCCUACAGCUUUCCCACCGCACCUUCGACAGCCCAGCCGCCACAACGACCUUCUGAAGUGACCAGCCAUCCUGCUUAUCAGCAUCCACGUCCACCCCCGGCCAUUCCCAUGCAUCCACGGACCCUGCCCGACGACUUCUUCCAGCACCUCUCCACUGGUUUUUCAGAUGAGCGCUUGCGGGAAGUUGCGGGGCGCGUCUCCGAGUCCACCAGAUAUUUGAUGGCCAGCCACUUUGGAAGUAAUGCUAUUCUCGGUCAUGAUGAAAAUAGACCACCUCAACCUCCGAACCCGGCCACGAAUGAAUUUGUCCCUCGACGACGAUCUCCACCAGAACCGUCUACACCGAAGCCUGCAAUCGUGCUGACUCUCAGUCGAGCCACUACAGAUAGCAUCAAAGCUUUGGAAGACCACAAGAGGGAAUGUCCCGCAUGUCAGCUAGAAUUCGAACCCGACAAUUUCAUGGCGGUGAUCACUUGUUGCCACACUGCCAUGCAUGUCUCUUGCCUGUCGGCGUGGGUCAACUCUCAAACCUAUUCCAAGAGCAGAACGUGCAUGAAGUGCCGCCGCAGUAUUGAUGCAAGACGUACCUUGAAUAACGUGGUACCGCCAGUCAACGAGAAGGCCUGGGAUGAAGGGGGAAGUUUCGACGCACCCGAGCAUUUGAAGGGUGACUCCAGAAUCGAACUCAACGUCAGUGCCAGACCCUCGCGGCCCGCAUAUCGACGACCUAGAGGAGGAGCUCAUUACACAACUUUCCAGCCAAGAGGCUCCGCAGUCGCGCUGCCUGCAACGCUGACCCCCGAGACAAGACGUGCGAUAACCCGAGCUCGACAGGAUCAAAUGACGGAGCUCGAGGAAAUGAGGGAUCGACUGCGGACUGCCUACAACGAGCAAAAUCGGACCCGCGAAGAAAACAUCAACGCCCAGGGAAGACUUUUGGCAGCACAAGCAGAAGCCAAUCAUGGCGUUCCGCUAGAUGUCGUGUCUCUAGGUCGUGUCUGCGAGGAGAAGAAGCUAGCAAGAGACAGGGCUCUCGAGAACUUCCAGAAGAUUCAACGCGAAAUGAACAAGAUGCAAAACGUGCAUUCGGAACGGAUGAACGUUUUAGUUGGAGAGGCGUUAAGGGAGCAACGCCGCGCUAGGGUUGCGGAAGGAGAAGCUGCUCGAAGUUUGUCCUCUUCUGCUGAUGGCGGCGAUGCCGAGUCUACGAUGUCCAUGUCUCCAUGA